GUAAAACCCUAGCUCCCGUUGUUAACAUCCCCCGAAAAAAUUCUAUUUUACCGUUCCACUUUCGAAUCUAAGAUGGGAAUAACAAAAUCACCCAAUUUGCAUCACAAUCUACUCUCUCAAAUUCAACGAUUUUGCACCAAUUGACACAAAAGUUUGCGAUUUUAAGAUUUACGAUUUUAAUAUUGUUGGAUUGGGUUUUGUGGGUUUCUGCUUUCUUGAUUUGAAUUUGAUGACAAUGUCGAUUUUGCCCAGAAGUGAUUCAAUUCAUAUAAGGGAAGUUUGGAAUGAUAAUCUAGAAGAUGAGUUUGCAUUAAUCCGCGAUAUUCUAGAUGAUUAUCCAUAUAUAGCUAUGGACACUGAAUUUCCUGGGGUUGUUCUUAGUCCUAUAGGGAAUUUCAAGAGCUCCACCGAGUAUAAUUUUCACACACUGAAGGCCAAUGUCGAUCUUCUGAAGUUAAUCCAACUGGGUCUUACAUUUUCUGACGACAAUGGGAAUCUUCCCACUUGUGGGUCUGAUAAGUUCUGUGUUUGGCAAUUCAAUUUUCGCGAAUUUAAUCUCAAUGAGGAUGUCUAUGCCAAUGACUCUAUCGAGCUUUUAAGCCGAAGCGGAAUCGAUUUUGAGAAGAAUAAUGAAAAGGGUAUUGAUGCUAAUCGGUUCAGUGAGCUACUGAUGUCAUCCGGUAUUGUGUUGAAUGAUAAUGUGCAUUGGGUGACGUUUCACAGUGGAUAUGAUUUUGGAUACUUGCUUAAGCUAUUGACUAGUCAAAAUCUCCCUGAUACACAGGUCGGGUUCUUCAAUUUAAUCAGGAUGUAUUUCCCCACUCUAUAUGAUAUUAAGCAUCUCAUGAGGUUCUGUAACAGCCUUCAUGGUGGGUUGAACAAGCUUGCAGAGCUUUUGGAAGUGGAGAGGAUUGGUAUUUGUCAUCAAGCUGGUUCGGAUAGUUUGCUUACUUGUUGUACAUUCAUGAAGUUGAAAGAAAAUUUCUUUAGUGGCUCACCGGAAAAAUAUACUGGUGUGUUGUAUGGUCUUGGUAUUGAGAAUGGACAAAUUAGUAAUUGAAAAAAGGUAUUUUAUAAAUAACAUAAUAAUCUUUUUGUUAGACUACAUUUUUUUUCAGUAUUGG